AUGAAAUCCACAUUCGUUUCCGUUGUGGCCCUCCUCGCGGUUGUGUCCGCGACUCCUAUCGAAAAGCGCAUCAUAGCCCAAGAGUUUGAUGUCUCUGAAUUCACCGCUGGCUGCAUCCCUCACGGUACUCUUUGCACCUUCAAUUUCAACGUCGCCACCAACCAGAUGCCUUAUCAGACCAACUGCAAUGCUUCGUUCACUACAGCCUUCAAUCUCCCUGACGUUCCAUUCACCGCCUGCGCAGACCCAUCAAUCAUCUGGUCGUUCCGCGCUAUCGGCCUUUCAGACGCUACUGCUUCGAACUACACCCUCAUCCUUGCGGAUGCUGAUCAGAGCCUGGCUGCUGCCAAGAUCUGGGACAAGGCUGAUUUCCCUGUCCUCAAUGCUGGUUCGACUGUUUACCAGCAGUACAGCGGUCCCACUCGAUUCGUUGUCCAGUGA